AGCUUUAUUUUUAUACUGAUGCCUCAAUUCAAAAUCUACAAUCACCAAAUAUUAAAUCUGGUAUUGGCUGGAUUUGUGAAAAUAAUUUAUCUAUUAAAUUUAAUGCAGCUACUAUUCCCUAUCCAGAUACAACACGUGCUGAACUAGAAGCAAUUAUCUCUUUUCUUCUCGCAACUCCCAAUAAUACUCAUAUACAUAUUCACCUAGACAAUAAAACAGCAAUUAAAAACUUAAAACAAAA